GGGUUCUGCGGUUGCAAAAAUAAUAGGCAGUAAUGUAAAAAAAUUGGAAAAAUUUGCCUCCACAGUGAAGAUGUGGGUCUUCGAGGAGAAUAUUAAUGGGAGAAAACUGACAGAUAUUAUAAAUAAAGAACAUGAAAAUGUGAAGUAUCUCCCUGGAUACAAGCUGCCAGAUAAUGUGGUCGCUGUCCCAAACCUGAAUGAAGCUGUACAGGAUGCAGACUUGCUGAUUUUUGUUAUUCCUCAUCAGUUCAUCCAUAAAGUCUGCGAUGAAAUCACAGGACGAGUACCCAAGAAAGCACUUGGUAUAACUCUCAUAAAGGGAAUAGAUGAAGGCCCGGAGGGACUCAAACUGAUCUCUGACAUUAUUCGAGAGAAGAUGGGAAUAGACAUCAGUGUGCUGAUGGGAGCUAACAUUGCCAAUGAGGUGGCAGCAGAGAAAUUCUGUGAAACCACAAUAGGCAGCAAAAUCUUGGAAAAUGGCCUUCUCUUCAAAGAACUCCUGCAGACUCCAAACUUCCGAAUAACUGUAGUAGAUGAUGCAGAUACAGUUGAGCUUUGUGGUGCUCUGAAGAAUAUAGUAGCAGUAGGAGCUGGGUUCUGUGAUGGCCUUUGUUGUGGUGACAAUACCAAAGCUGCCGUUAUUCGCCUUGGCCUAAUGGAGAUGAUUGCCUUUGCCAGAAUUUUUUGCAAAGGACAGGUGUCUACUGCCACUUUCCUGGAGAGCUGUGGAGUUGCUGAUCUCAUCACGACGUGCUAUGGUGGCCGGAAUCGACGCGUAGCAGAAGCAUUUGUGAAAACUGGAAAGUCUAUUGAAGAGCUGGAGCAAGAAAUGUUGAAUGGUCAGAAACUGCAAGGACCACAGACUUCUGCAGAAGUGUAUCGCAUCCUGAAACAGAAAGGAAUGCUGGAAAAGUUUCCACUAUUCACUGCUGUGUAUCAGAUUUGCUAUGAAGGGAAGCCUGUCAGAGAGAUGAUAUCCUGCCUUCAGAGCCAUCCAGAGCAUAUAUAAAAUCCAUCAGGCCAUCGUACUAGUGCAGCUUCCUGCCUUUCAGUUAAGUCUGGGUUCAAGUGGAUGCAUCAUUAAACUUCAUUCAGAGCUGCUCGCUGGGCAGCAGGAGCAACGUGAAUGUCUCAGGCUGGGUGUUGGGUUUUGUUACACAGCCUUGUCUGCCA